CAAUUUCUUCACCGUUUUUCAAACAUCACACAUCCUCCAAAAAAACCAAAAUGGCUUCUUCAAAACUCAGAAAACCAUGUUCCUUCACAAUCCUCAUUCUCUGCUCUCUAAAUUUCACACUUUUUCUCCUCUCCGCUGCAUCAUUUGCACCAACCAUUCUCCUCAAAAUGCCACCGACUUCAUUCGGCUUGGCAUUUCUAAUGGUUUCCACCAUCUCACUCUUCUCAUCUUUCGUAGGUUUCUAUUCCCACCUCACACACUUAUGUUUCCUCACUCACAUUUCCCUCACACUAGCCUCAUUUGUAGGACAAAUCCUCACAAUAUUCGCCUUGUUCACCAAAGAGAAAGCCAGCCUCAAGAUGCUAAACUCGUCAAGGGACCCAAAAGAAGCUAAGCUUUUGGUGAGACUUGAAUGCGGGGCAUUGAUGGCUAUGUGUUUGUUGCAGUUUGUUGUGUUGGUGUUGAGUUGUUUAGUGCAUAGUUGUGUGGUGAAGAGUUACGAGGAGCUUGAAGCAGAGAAAGAGGCUAUUGCGAGGAAGAGAAGUAGAAGGAUUGCGAAAGUGCAAGAGGAAUCGACUGCGAAUGUAGCCAAGAUUUGUGAGGUUAAAGAGAAGGAGUUUGAUGAGAAAAUGAAAAGCAAAUAUGGACAGUGCCAGUGGGUGAAGACUGAUUUUGAACCAUGAAACUUAUUCUAAACAUCUUGCUCUAUAUAUAUUUGCAUGAUUGAUUUUGAGUUGUUUUUUGUUUGUUUAUUGUUGUUGGUUGGGGUCACUAUGGUGUGGCUUUUGAAUUUGAAUGUGUGACAUUUGAGGUAGAAUUGUAAUAUGGGGAAUUUCUAUUGCCUUGUGAUCAUCCAUCGUGUGAUUAUUAAUUAACAAUAUGUUUUGUAGUUCUCAA